UUAUUUGGCUAACAUGACAUUAUAACGCGAAUAUUUUAAUUUUCAUCUUCACCUUCCUUGUAUGCGAGAUAUCUCUAUGUUUCCGCGUAUACACACUCAUACACCAGUCCCUACUCUCCGUCCAGAGUUGUUGAUUCACACACCCACACACCUUUACCUUCAAGAUGGCUAUAGUGCAUUACAGACGAGAAAAUUGGAGACGUUUUAACGAUAAUUUUUAAUAACAAAACGAUCGCAGCGAGUCCGGGUCGGAAUUUUCGGUAAUAUAUGUAACGUAUACGUUUCCUCGCUGGCGCAGAGAGGACCACUCGAACGGAACGGAAAGCAAAAUGAUAUUUUUCGAAGCAAGCUGAUUUUAGAAAGAAUCUCCGAUGUCAGCGGGGAGGAUGAUAUUCUCGAGUUUUUUGGCGAUUUCGCCAGUGAUCAGGGUGAACUGAUUUGGCCCGUUCAAUUCAAAUGUCAACUAUGACUCCUCCCUUGAACCGAAAACGAAGCUCGUCUGUCAGUUUCACGAGAGCUAAAGAUGACAGCGAGGAUGCUGUAGACGAGAUACAUAUAUCCUUAGCGCCGUACAUACAAACUUAUUUGGCACACAGUGGACAAGGACUCGGAUGUUGUGGGAUCAGCCUUCCAGUGCCAUUCGAGCGUGCGGCACCGAGAUCGUGGUGGAAUCCCAGAUUCGAUUCGGAGAUACUCGAAGAACAAUUUAAAAGAAGUGCCUUUCCACAAAUUAGAUUAAGAUUCCGAUAUGCCCUGACGUACAUCUUAUUGGUCUCUCUGUCGUGGUUAACAUAUUUCGUUGUAAUCGGAACUAAACACGAUACCACCACAUGGCCAGCUGUAGCAGCAGUUUUCGCUGUAGUCGGAGCAGUCGUGUCUGCGGUUUUGUAUCUAACGCACACGGAGCAUUACAAAAGCUACGUGUUGCCGAUCGCGUUGGGAGUCGCGUCGGCACUAUGCAUCUUGUCUUUACUCUUUCUCGCGAUGGUACCGCCGUACAUAGAUGGCUUGACUCUAGUCGGACACUUCGCGUUAUGUUCUGAGAUUUUAUUGUUGAUCUACACCGUGCUACCGAUGCCGCUGUACGCUUGCGUGGGAAUAUCAGCGGUCUACUCUAUCCUGUUUGAAUUCCUGACUGCCUACCUUUAUGGUACUAAAGCUGCAAGAGAGAAGUUUUUUAGUCGAAAUAUUUUAUCGAAUACGUCUACACCGAACGAUGCCAAGAUAGAUUAUAGCGGAGUGUCGGCAGCUACGUAUUCUUCGUUGAGGAGCUUGAAUAACAGUCAAUUUUUUAAUGUGAUCCACGAUAACAACGAAUUUACAAGAAUGCUUCAAGAUUCGAGGCUGUUAUCAGCUCUCGGGACGAGGUCGGGCCAAGAGGCUAUGGCCGGGAGGAUAUCCAGAAACGUUCUGAGGAACUUCAAUUCUAGCAUAAUAUCGAUGAUAGCUAAUGUUAAUUCCACUAUAAACGCUUCGGGCAACGAUUUAAACUCGAGAGGAAGCAAUGCGAGUUCGAUAUUAGGAGAGAGCAUGUUAGCCAGCAAGAAUGGUGAAACCAACUAUUUCUUAAGCAGCGACAUAUCUACUCAAUCGUCUUUGGAAGACAAUUAUUUUUCUACGAGCCUCGGAAUAAGAAUCUUACUGCAGAUCUGCAUUCAUCUGAUAGGUAUACAUAUUUUAAUAAUGACUUUUGUAAGGAUGCGUGGCACGUUUAUGAAAGUCGGUCAAUCGUUAUUGGUCCGGCGUCAGCUGGAGAUGGAGAAACAGUUGAAAGAAAAGAUGAUUCACUCGGUGAUGCCGCCUACAGUCGCCGACUGGCUGAUGGAAGAGAGUGAACGCGAAAGGGAGCGGGAGGACUCGAUAAAGAAAGGUUCGAUACCGUCCAAUAAUACAGAUAUUCGCUCGUUGUUCCGACCGUUUAACAUGCAGCCAAUGGAAGACGUUAGUAUACUAUUCGCUGAUAUUGUCGGGUUUACUCGGAUGAGCUCUAAUAAGACUGCGGAAGAACUGGUAGGAAUUUUAAACGAUCUUUUCGAAAGAUUCGAUGAUUUGUGCGAGCACCAUGGAUGCGAGAAAAUCUCCACUUUGGGAGACUGCUAUUACUGCGUGAGCGGAUGUCCAGAGGCGAGAUUAGAUCAUGCCAAGUGCUGCAUUGAAAUGGGACUAGCCAUGAUAGAAGCUAUAAAACAGUUUGAUAUCGAGAGAAGAGAAGGUGUCAAUAUGAGAGUCGGAGUUCACACUGGAACCGUACUCUGCGGGAUCGUAGGCACUAAGAGGUUUAAAUUCGACGUUUGGUCUAACGAUGUGAGCCUAGCUAAUAAAUUAGAGAGCACAGGCAAACCGGGAAGAGUUCAUUUAAGCGAAAGGACAUUGAGCUUUCUGAAUGAUCAGUAUCUCACGGAAGAAGGGGAUUUAAUAAAUGGUAUGAAGAGUUAUUUUAUCAAAAGUCGCAAGUCGGACUUCGCCAAUCAGUUUAUAAUGAACGUUGCAUCGCCGAAGAGUAUAUCGCCUCUGAUGCAAUCGCGUCAUCGUUUGGCCUCUUGUAACAAUCAAGCCAAGCCGAAAUACCAUUACCUCCAUAUGGUCACUAAUACGAGUAACUAUAGAAUGAAGGCGAACUCAUUACCGAGUAUUCUCGAUUCUGAAAACGGAGACAAUGAUCCUGCGGAUGAAAAGGAGAACGUGAAUAAGAGCCCGGUGUCCGUUGCCAGUUAUGGAAAGAAGAAACUUCGUAACAAACCGUGGAAAUAUUUGCAACGGCAACGAACCACCGAAGAAAUGACGCCACUGGAAAGGGAGGAAGCCAAGGCGAUAAUUGCCGAGCGAUCGAAAGCCGAGUCGCAAUCGUACGAAGAUCGCAAUGGAUUUAGGCAGAACACGUCACAGAAUGAUAUUGAAAUGGAUCCGAAUCCUGUACCUUCUAGUCCUUUAUUGUCUGGUCAAGAGCCGCUCAGUCGCGCCUCUUCUGUAUGCAGUAGGAAAGAUUCUGGAAUUAGAAGUAACAGCAGGCGUAGCAGUAUACAGCAACAGUUAUUCUUGAUGAACGGCAUGGCUCAGGGAGAUUUACUGGCGCACAGAGUGAGCGGCUAUUAUACUUCUAGUUCGACGUUGAACUCUGCUCACGAGCAGUCGUCUUCGGUGCCGCCUUAUCCGUUUCCCCCGGCAGUUACGGACACCUUCGGUGCGUGUUUUCACAAAUUGAGAAAACAAUCCGAUUUGCAAUUGAUCAGAUGCGUCCAAGACAACGUAAGUUCUCAACGAUCGUACUUCGUGAAACCACCGCUCUCGAGUUUGACCCUCUUUUUCAAGAACAAAGAGAUGGAGAAGGAGUACAGGGAGAACGCUCACAAGGUCAGCGAAUGUAUCAGUGGUAAUCCACCUACUCUUGCUACCUCGAGAUUCAAUACGUACUUCGAUAUUCUGAUAUCGGCGUUGGUUUACACUGCCGUCACGGUCUCGCUUUUUUUAAUCUGCGAGUCGACGUUGUACUACAUGAUAUUUUUUGUCUGCGCCACUGCAAUUCAGAUCAUAGCCGUGUCGCUCUGCGUUCGCCAACUAUUGUAUCCGGAUUUGGUUCACGCGACGUGGAUGCAACAGAUAUUCAAAUUCUUCUCUCGAUGGUAUCCCUGGCACGUAUGCGGCGCGAUUCUCGUCGGGUUGCCGAUCACCUCGAUCCUCCUCAAUUAUACCUGCACCAAUUUCCAUAAUUUGAACAAUUUCGAGUAUUAUUACGGGUACUUGAUCUUCGUCGGCUUAGUACAUUUUUGUAAUUUCACGCAACUCAAUUGUUGGAUGAAGAACUCGUUGGUAACGUUCAUGGGGGUAUUAUUCCUUUGCCUCGUGAUACAUCACUUGUCGUACGAUCAAGAGCACCUACGUGAUCGGCUCGUUAACGAUUCGAUAAUUAAUUCAACGUUGAACGACGGUAGCAUAAAGAAGGUAUUGGGAUCUACGCCUGUUCCCUCGUCGAGCUUCGUAACGAUGAGGCAACGGGAAGUUGAGACGAGAUACCGGGAACGAUUAUACAAUUCCGAGAUUUUUUUAGACAUGAUACUUUUACUUCUGCUGGUCUGGUUUUUAAACCGUGAGUUCGAGAUCAGCUAUCGGUUAAGCUUUCACGGUAACGCAGUGGCGGCUCGAGACAAGACCCGCGUGCAGUCUAUGAAGAAUCAGGCCGACUGGCUACUUCACAACAUUAUACCGAAAUACGUGGCUGAUCAGUUAAAGACCACUGCUAAGUAUUCGCAGAAUCACAAAGCCGUGGGUAUCAUCUUUGCGAGUAUAGUGAACUUCAACGAGCUGUACGACGAAUCUUAUCUGCGAGGAAGAGAAUAUCUGCGCGUUCUCAAUGAACUAAUCGGCGAUUUUGACGAGCUGCUGGAGAAACCGGAGUUCGCCAACGUGGAGAAGAUAAAGACCAUCGGUAGCACGUUCAUGGCAGCGAGCGGGCUGAAUCCGCAAGUCAGGCAACAGAGCGAACACGAGUACACGCAUCUGUUUCAAUUGAUGGACUUUGCCAUGGCGAUGCAAAAGGUGAUAAAUAAUUUUAACCGAGACCUGCUCGGCUUCAAAUUGAUCCUACGGAUCGGAUUUAAUUACGGCGACGUGACCGCCGGCGUAAUCGGUGCAACGAAGUUAUAUUACGAUAUUUGGGGCGACGCUGUAAAUAUAGCAUCUAGAAUGGAUUCGACCGGAGUCGCUGAUAGAAUACAAGUGGCCAAGAACUCGUUGGACGUACUGUCCGAAAGAUACGAGUUCGAACCGCGUGGCCAAGUUUACGUUAAGGGAAAGGAUAACAUGGACGUGUUUUUACUAAUCGGUAAAAAGAACGGCGCUGAUAAAACGACGAACGCUUAAACACUAUCUAGAAUCGAGUGUCCCAAUAAAAUUGGAUCACUUACAAGCGCGUGAUUCCCGCUGGAUCUGGUUUCUAAUAAUAUCUCGUUAAGAAUUGUACAAUGGAUCUGCAACAUUCAAAUCGUACCUUACUCUUCGAUCGCUCGUUCGCUUCGAUCGCUCAUUAAAACAUAUUUAUUCUUAACGAAAUGUUUACUGUAUUUUUUUACUUGAUAUAAGAGCGUCGGCUCCGAGGCCUACAGACACAUAACUUUUAAAUGGGAAAAAGAGUGAAGAGUACAAAAUCAAAUUGAGAUACGAGUAAACCAAAAAUAUUUCCUAAUCAAUUGUUGCGAAAAAUCUAUCGAGACAGAUUCUUAGUACGCAUCUUCAUUGUUGUGCUGGGUGGACGAACGAAUGAGAGAAUGGACGUUUUAAAUAGCUAAUACAUAUGACCGUAUGUGCUCGCCGGCAAACAGUUCCUAGUAUAAAACGUGCGAUUUAAUAAGACGAUCAUCAGUCGUCUAUAUACAGCGGCUCACGAGAUUAUUCGAACACCUUUUAAAAGAAAGUGAGCAUAAUUUUCUCUGGGAUCCUAUAAGUUUUAAUUAGUCGGAAUCCCGAAGGAAGUCGUGCUGUCCGGUUCAAUGUUAAAAAAAUGAUUCUAUUCUAAAAGGUGUCCGAGUACUCUCGCGGACCACUGCAUUUACAAAAGGCUUUCUAAUUUCUUUUACCAAUUUCCAAUUUGUACGGAAAAUUACGAUUCAUAGCACAGCGCGACUGUUUACGUUGUUAUGUGCUACGUAAACUUCAAUCUAACAUGUAAUUAGUCGUGAGAGAUAUUAAAGGAGGCGUUAUCGGAUCUGUUGAAAGUUGCUCAGAGAAUUAGAGUAGAGCUUCUGUAUAUCCGUUCUAGCUAUCAGCACUCGUUCAAUGUACAUAUGUAUAUUACGUUUCUCGUUAAUUUUUCGCACGAUUAACGCCACGUUGUAAUCGCGAACCUGUUUUAAGGUUUCUAUAAUCCUCGUGAAAACUUAGUACUCAACGAUUCCAUUUUUAAUUACGCAUACAACAGAAGCGAGCUCACCGAUUGGUAUUAUAUCCUAUCACGAUAUUCAAAUUACGCGUGUCGCUUUAACUACCGCGUCGACGAUAAUUACAAAUUACAUCAUUCCGUCAGUUUUUUUAAUCUGUUUUCAACGUCGGAGAAGAAAGGUGUAAAUGAUUUCGAUGAAAUAUUUUCAGCAUUUUACUGCAGUUGUACUUCAGACAAUUUUCAGGAGUUCAAUACAUGAAGCUCUUUCAACGU